GGCUACGAUGCAACCAGUCACUGCUGACGAGGGAAGAGGAGACGAUCACCUGUUGCACCACUCACACAGCGGAAUUUACAAAGUUUUAUUCGCGUUUUUGUUCGUCAGUUAGAAAUAAAAGUCUACGUAAAUCAUGACAGACACGCUUUUACCGAACGGCAUUAAAGACGGAGGAGGGGAGCGCAACUACUUCAAAAAGGGAUGCAACCCUUUUGCACAAACUGGACGAAGCAAACUGCAAAACAAGCGUGCUGGUCUGAACCAGGAGAUCAUCAAGCAAAUGCGCUUGCGAGCCGGGGCUGAGAACCUGCUCAAAGCUACGUCCAACAACAAAGUCAAGGAAAUGGUUUUACUGGAGCUGAGCUACUGCAACUCUAACCUGCAGCUACUGAUGGGAGAGCUGGAAGGCCUCAACAGCUCUGUGGAGGUCUACCAAAGCACACAGGAGACAGCCAACAUCCCUCUGAUUGCCCUUGGCCUUAAGGAAACUAAAGAGGUGGAUUUUUCUGCUCCGUUUAAGGAUUUCAUUAUGGAACACUACAAUGAAGAUGGGAGAAGGUACGAGGAAGAGAUUGCUGACCUGAUGGACUUACGGCAGGCAUGCAGAACACCGAGCCGAAACGAGGAGGGAGUGGAGCUACUUGCUAAAUACUUUGCCCAUCUUCCACUGAUAGAAAGUAGAUUCUUCUCCCCUUCUCGGCAGACAGGAAUUUUUUUCACAUGGUAUGACUCUUUCACUGGAGUGCCUGUGUGCCAACAAAACCUGUCAUUGGAGAAGGCCAGUAUCCUCUUCAAUAUGGCCGCCCUGUACUCACAGAUUGGCACCCGCAGUAACAGACAGACUCUAAACGGGCUGGAUGAGGCCAUCUCAUCUUUCCAGAAAGCUGCAGGUACCUUGCACCACCUUAAAGAGACAUUCACCCACACUCCCAGCUAUGACAUGAGCCCAGCCAUGCUCAGUAUGCUAAUCCGGAUGAUGAUCGCUCAAGCCCAAGAGUGCAUUUUUGAGAAGACGGCUCUACCAGGAAUCAAAAACAACUUGUAUGCUCUGCUAAAAAUGGCCCAGGAAGCCGCAAAGGUGUCAGAAAUCUAUGACCAUGUUCAUCAAUACAUGAUCCAGACCCCUAUCAAAGACAAUGUGCCCCUGUUCUGGUCAACUAUGGCACAAGUGAAAACUAAUCACUACAGAGCUGUGGCCCACUACUUUGUGUCUUUGGCGCUGUUGGAUCACCAGCUUGGAGCACAGGAUGAUGAGGACCAGCAGGAGAAAGCCUUGUCACAAGUCUAUGAUCAUAUCCCCGACGGGCGCACUCCUCUGGACAUCCUGAAAAAAAGAGAGGACCGUGAGCGGAUUGGUAAAGCACAUAUUCGCAGAGCCAUUCUGUGCCACGAGGAAGCCCUGAGAGUUUAUAGCCUAUGCCUCCACUUGAACAAACUGGAAGUCCUUCAAGAGAUCCUCAAGGCUAGUCUACAACGCUCACUGGAAAAGUCCAGUGCACAUGAGGAGGAGGAGGAGUUUACGGACUACAUGGAAGCACCCGAUAUUAUCUCUAAGACCGAGCACAAAGCAGAAUUGGACAUUCCUGCCACCAUAAAGGUGAAAGUCAUCGACUUUUUCCAGAGGCUGGGCCCAUUGUCAGUCUUCUCAGCCAAACAGCAGUGGACAGCACCAAAGACAAUCCACAUCUGUCCUGAAGAUCGAGACCUGGGCUUCACUCUGAAAGGAGAACCUCCCGUCCAGGUGGUCUCUCUGGAUCCUCUCUGCAAAGCGGCUGAGGAUGGUCUAAAAGAGGGCGACUAUAUUGUUGCUGUGGGUGACACAGACUGCAAAUGGAUGGGUGUGGGUGACGUUAUGCGCUUACUGAAGGAUGUUGGUGAAGAAGGCAUUGAUAUCCAGGUCGUUAGCAUGAUGGACUCCAACUCUGCUAUGCCGACAAAAAGUGCAACUUUCUGUGGAAACAUUCCAAAAACCUACUCUAUGAUUUGUCUGGCCUAUAAUGAUGAUGACAACCAUCCCAAGACAAACAAAGUGAGCAAGAAAUCAUCGUUUUUGAGUUGGGGUAUCAAAAACAAGCUGAAAAGUACGAGCACCCUCAGUCUCCCUACAGCAGACCAUUCCACUGCCCAGCCGUGGAAUAAACCCCAUCCAAGUUUCCCUAGAUGUAGUUCACACAACAAUGACAGUCUCUAAUACUGACAGACUCUUUAGUCAUCUGUAUUGUAGCAAAGUAAGAAGGCAGCCUACUACAGUGUGCUGAGAUCUGUGUGUGUACUUUGCUCUUCCUCCAUACUGGUCUGUAUGUGGUACAGUGCUGACUCAUUCUCUCCCACCAUUAUAAAGUAGCUCAGUUAGUCACUCGUUUAAUGACAACAUUAAGGCCAGCUACCUUUUUGUACAUUACACAGCAAGGCUCAUGUGUAAAUGUCAACUUGUUUAGCUGAAAACUGAUAACCUGAGCAAACAUUAUGUACCAUGUUACAUCACAGUAAGUGCUACCCCUGAGAAUCAAACCAGUUAUCAAUAUGGUCUCUUGGUUUUAACACAUUCCACCCAUAAUAACUUAAAAUUACAUAAAUAUUACUGCUGAUACAUUUGUUUAGCAUUUGAGUCUAACUUCUGUGCUACCAAUGUAAUAUACUGUUUGUUAGUUCUUUAGUUUUAGUAAUUUUAUGAUCUCCCUUAGUAUGUCAGUAUGUCUCUCUCACCCUAGGAAAGGCAUUUCAUUUUUAUUUGUCAAUUAUUGUCACAGUGCUUAGGAUUAACGUUUGUCAUGAUACCUUUAUAAAAUUAGUAUGUUAAACUGAUAUUCUUAUACAUUAUAUAAUGCAAGAAAUUUUAAUAUCAAUGCAAAUUUGUAUAAGCUGCUAUAACUAUAGAGGACCUAUUGAGAAUCUGCUUUUAUUUUGGCCACUUGUAUAUUUCUGAGUCAGCCUUUAAAGACGUUACCUGCAGUGUGCCAUACAUCUGUACACGGACAAAGGAAUUCUCUGUUGAGUAAUGCCACUGACCAAAAUGCCUCUGUGUUCAUUAAUGCUAGGAAGUGUAAAACUAUUCAUCUCACAUUGGCUAUUGCUUGUAUUUUGUCUGUACUCUGAGGCACAUUGUCUAUUAGGAGACAAAAGAAUGAUCAUGCUUGUGUAAAUGUGAACAUACAGUUAUACUGUAGUUAUUUUUCCCCUAAGAUGCUUGGAAACACUGUAAAUAUUACUUAAAUUCAUUUUACUGGCACUUAGUAGUGUUGGAGUAUUUCUUUAUCUACAAAGUAGAUCAUUAUAUACAUUUGAUAAUCAAAUUAUUUAUGUAAUAAACAAAGCAAAAAAUAAAAAUAAAUAAAGAUUAAGAAAUGUAUGUUGGUUGUAGAUUUGCAGAUGUAUUAGUCAAGUUGUCUUUUUUGCACAUUGUUUGUCAGAGGUUUGUUUUUUUCAGUUUUUAAAGACCAAUUUAAAAUUUGUUUGAAAAAAAAAUGCAUUUUUAAACACUGAAAAGACCUUUUUAUGGUUUACCUUUAUAUAUAUGUCUUAAGUGCUAUUGAUGCUAAAUGAAGGAAACAUUUUCAACACUAUUAUUUUUAUUCUGUUCUAUAGGCUGCUAUACUGUAAUGUUACUUUUAUCUUUACAUGUUAUGGGUGUUUGUGCAGAUCAACCUAAUGGCCUAAAUGCCUGCAGUUUGUGAUUGUCCAACUCGUGUCUAUUUUACUUUGUUACAUUCUUAACUAAGAUUUUAUUAAAUGACUAAAUAAAGGGAUCAAAUAUAAA